AUGUCUGAUCAAAAUAAUAACAAUAAUUCAGGACCUGCGAAGGGCAAUAAGCCGUACAGCUCACAGCCCAGGAUUGGUAGGAUUGGUCAGUGGGGAGCCUCAAGCGGCGCAUCGUCGGGAAACAGUAGUCGUUCUGGCAGUGGUCCGCGCUUUGCGACGCUCGGUGAUCUUGGCUCAUCGGGUGGAAGGCCAGAACAUCCUGCCCAUCCAGAAGAUAGCGACAAUGAAGGUGAAGGUGAUGGAAGGGAAGGUCAGACUUGGUUCACUGGCGGCGAGAGAAGUGGACUUUCUGUACAAAAUCCGAAUCGUAGCGGUGAUGGCCCCGAUGCAUCAGGUGCAGACCUAGUCAGAAGCCUCCUUAAGAAGGCUGCUGAUGCAUCCGCAGGACCUGCACCUCGCUCUGCGUUUAGUGGUUCUGGUCACACCCUCGGAAGUGACGAUGUUGAAAGCCAAUUUGUCCCCGAUCCAAAUGCU